AUGGAUGAUGUAACUGCCAACAUCUACAGAACCAUGAAAUGGUCUGGUGAUGAACGCACGUUCCGAAACAGAAUGAAAAGUAAACCUUUGGACGAAAGAUCUUUUACAAUGGCCAUGAAACUGAAAUUUCGUGGAAGCGUCUUCGGCUCAUACUUGGAAUCUUUCAAUUUCCAGCAGCAGCAAUCACGGGAGCUGAAUGUGAAUAAGCUAGGCAUAACAUUAUGGGAUGUAAGAAAUUUUGACGUAUUCGAACAGCAAAUAUAUCGUUCCAAGAAUAAUUUAACAGACGAUCUCUUGCCGUUAUUGCUCAAGGCAGUCAAAGAGAAAGAAUGCAUUGAUUGGGAUUAUUUAUAUGACAACAUUGCCACUUUGCGAAUGGCCGACUUUCAGAUUACCUGGCUUGAUGCAGAUCUCCUCAAUUUUAGACGGCUCAGAGUGUUAAUUAUAGUUGGCAAUUGGCUUUCGCAAAUUAACGCCGAAUUCCUACCGCGAACUCUGCAAUAUCUGGAAUGUUUCGCGAACGUCAUCGUGGAUCUUACAAGUCUUAAUAAGAAACCCCCACAAAAGCUGUACCACUUGGGAAUCGGUCGCAAUAUGUUGACAAACGUCGAGGCAUAA